GCUGCCCGAGGUGUAGUUUAACCUUGGGCUGAUUGUGGGUUACGCGUGCUGCUGGUGCUGCUAUUUGUUGAUUCUUUUCGCACUCGCCUACUAAUUCAGAACGUACGAAACUAUCGAAGUGUUGACAUAAUGUGGCGGUUUGUACUUGCAUUCUCGGUAUUGUGUGUUUCCCAGAAUUAUGCAAGCACUGUGACGAUAUCAGUCUACUAUGAAAGUCUCUGUUCUGAUAGUGUGAAAUUUUUCAAAGAGCAGCUCGGAAUAACCCACGAUUCAUUUGAAGGAAAGGUGGAGGUGGACUUGAUACCUUUCGGAAAAGCAAAUUUCACGAAAGAAGAUGGAAACUAUACUUUCACUUGUCAGCAUGGAGAACUUGAGUGUCACGGGAAUAAAGUGCAUUCCUGUGCUUUGAAACUGGGGACUGGAAGCAAUGGAACUCAAUUUGUAAUGUGUGCUAUGAACUCUUCGGAUGCUAGUGAUGAUAAAAAUUUGAAGAAAGUAAGUGUUCGUCAAGAAGUAAUAAUCUUUCGUGAUUUUUUCUUCAUAUAUUUGAAAAUUUAUUUUCCGCAACUGAAAAAACGCAACAAAACUAUUCAACUGACGCUACCUCAGUUGGUGUGAUUGUCAUUGGAAAGU